AUGCAGAACACAACGAUUCCACAAAGUAACGCGUUUAACUCUGCAGUCGAUUCAGGGCACUUUGAGGAUCUCCCACACGAGGUUGUCGAGCUCAUUGCUGGACAAGCUGACGGCAGCACGCUCAAAGCUUUACGGCUGGUCAAUCGUCUGGUAAAGGCGAUCAUCCCAAAGCCAUUCGCAGUACGUCUAUUCGGCAACUUCAACAUCCGUACCACACCACAAGAUCUGCGCAAUGCCUUGCAGUUACAGGGAGACGUUGACUUUACCCAAUACGCACGCAAGAUUCAGCUUUGGUGGCUCAAAGAUUUCAAGAACGAGGACGAGGUUGCUGGGCUGCUCCAAGUACUCCUCAACAAGUCAAUUGGCUUGAAGAGCAUUUGUAUUCGUCUAGACCGAUGGCCCAGCGGUUUAAGUAUUGAGCAGCGCCGCCACUUCACCUCCACAAUACUCCGCGCAAUACAGGACGCUUCGCUCCCGACGUUCAGAGAAUUCAACAUCUGGGGCGGCAAAAUCGACAUCGGAGCCAUACAAGCUUGCAUCGAGGUGCACAAGGGAAGUCUCCCACACUUCGAGUACACAUGCACCAUGGGAGACCAUACUGCCUGGGACAAAUGCCUUCAGACGAUUAGCGAAAGUCGCAUUGAGAGCCUUCGCCUGGAAGAAAACGGACAUAGUGUACCAGCAUAUCUUUCAGCAGUAACGGGCCGGGAAUCUGCCGGCAUACCUCCCGUUAAACUGGUUGAAGUCGUUCGAGCGCCUGGGUCGAACAGGAUACAGACUUAUCAUAUCUUCGGUACUUGUGCACAUCUGCGUGGCAGAGAGGCGGUCAGAGCAGGGAUUGCAGUGAUAUUGGGAGCCCGCGGCAGGAUGACGCAGCAGACGGAGGGAUGA